AAAACAAAAAUAAAAGAAAGGUCACCCCAAAGUCCCUCCCUCCCUACCAUUUGCAGCCGCUCCCGUCUCCUGUCCGCUCAGUCCUCACCAUCUGCCACAGCCAGUGGCCGCUGCUGCCACUUCCACCUUUGUACUUGGCUAUGAUUCAAAAUGGAUGCGCCAUGCCUGCUGGGUGUAGUUCUGUGAAUUCCAGAGUAUGUAAGCCAUCAAAUACUGGUGGUUUUGUCUUGUCGUGCAUUCCUCGUUUUCAAACUGGGGUGGCUUCUCCAUGCGUCAGUUCAUGGAGAGCUCAUCAGGACGCUAUGCCACUUCUGCACCAUUGUACUGUAUCAAGCCCAUUUUUAAGCGGGGAUCAAGGUAGUCUGUUACGUACAAUCCCUUUGUUGCCAAGCCGAUGCAGAACUCGUAUGGCCCCUCGAGCAUCCAAGGAUGUCCCAUACAGUUUUCGGUUCCCUCCAAUGACUAAGAAGCCAAAGUGGUGGUGGAGAACAUUAGCAUGCCUCCCCUAUUUAAUGCCCCUACAUGAGACAUGGAUGUAUGCUGAGACAGCCUAUCAUCUACACCCUUUCCUGGAAGACUUUGAAUUCCUUACUUACCCUUUCCUGGGGGCCAUUGGGAGGUUACCCAGCUGGUUCUUGAUGGCAUACUUUUUUGUUGCAUAUCUUGGAAUAGUGAGGAGAAAGGAAUGGCCGCAUUUCUUCAGAUUUCAUGUGGUGAUGGGCAUGUUGUUGGAGAUUGCCUUGCAGGUCAUAGGGACUGUGAGCCGAUGGAUGCCACUUGCUGUCUACUGGGGUAAAGUUGGGAUGCACUUCUGGACAGCCGUUGCAUUUGCUUACCUAUUUACAGUGUUGGAGUCCAUACGCUGUGCUCUUGCUGGCAUGUAUGCAGAUAUCCCCUUCGUUUGUGAUGCAGCAUAUAUUCAAAUUCCGUAUGACUAAUAUGCGAAGGAGAAAGUAUAAGAGAGAGAAGGGUUUGUUUUGCUUGCCUUCCUUCCCAUCUAUUUGGAUUUUGUUGUAUGAGAUGAUAACUUGUUAGCCGGAAUAGUUUUCUUUUGUAUAAAUGUUCUAAUUGGGAUCAGUUGGGUUUGUGUUGUAGCGGGUGUUUGCUUAUUCCAUUGUUAAUCAGAUUCAGAAUUAGUGUUUUGUUGUUUCUCAAUUUUCCAAGUAAAUGAUUCUUUGCUUA